AUGGGCCCCUGUACCGCCUCCUCAUGCUGCUGCCAGGCCCGUAAUCUGUCAUGGGCCCCCGUACCGACUCCUCAUGCUGCUGCCAGGCCCGUAAUCUGUCAUGGGCCCCUGUACCGCCUCCUCAUGCUGCUGCCAGGUCCAGAGUGUGUCAUGGGUCCCUGUACGGCCUCCCAUUGCUGCUGCCAGGCCCGUAAUCUGCCAUGGGCCCCCGUACCGACUCCUCAUGCUGCUGCCAGGCCCGUAAUCUGUCAUGGGCCCCUGUACCACCUCCUCAUGCUGCUGCCAGGUCCAGAGUGUGUCAUGGGUCCCUGUACGGCCUCCCAUUGCUGCUGCCAGGCCCGUAAUCUGCCAUGGGCCCCCGUACCGACUCCUCAUGCUGCUGCCAGA